CUCUCUCCCUCUCUCUCAAUCAGCGAGGCUACUGCCACCAGAGCCAAGAGUUGCCGUUCCGCGCGCCGAUGCCAAAACGCACAGGAGGAGUCAGUGCCAAAGGGUCAUUUUAGCGCACCGCUGCUGAAAUGGAAGGACUGUAGGGAAUCCUAGAAUAAACAGCAGCAGUCUGACCCCCCUCAGAUGAUACAAUCAUAUCAUUAGAAGAAAGAAAAGAAGAGGGAAAAGGGAGAGGAGCCAAGUCAGAGCCUGUACGCAUCACCGGUGGAGCAACCGCGGUCGCUGCAGAGGUGGGCAGUCCAGGAUUUUUAUCAGCGAAAGGUCAUUGCAAAAACAAACCUGCGCGUCCAUCGGCUCAUCAGCCAUCUCUUCUUCCUAAAAGUCAACUUUGGCUUCCUCUAUCCAGGUGUUGCUUCCUAAAAAAAAGAAGACGCUGCCAGCAGGGCAUUUGUGGACAAACUGCUCCUUCCAUCCUUUCUUGCGCUCCUGUCCGACUCCUCACUCACCUUUACCACCUUUACGCGCGUCAAAGUUGCAGCUUUAAAGACUGUGAACUGUUGAGGAAUUAGGGAGAAAAGGGGGAAAAGUUGGUCACCUGCGAUCCAGAGAGGACCGACACCACGGUCCAAGCCGACUCCAAGUGCCGUUCACCGGGCGAUGCCAGAGUAAAUGCCGGGGCAAUGUCCCGCCGCAAGCAGGUGAACCCGCAGCACUUAUCACUGACGCACAGGGAGACAAUACAAGGUGAGUCUCAACCUGCGACACUUCAACCCACGGUUUAUUUGUCUAAACCACUUUCUUAUUUAUUAUUAAUUCAUAUUUUUUACGAGGUGGGGAAUUAUUUAGUGGGGAGAAGGUUCAAAUUGUUCUUUUGGAUUAAAUCUUUAAAAAAAUGCGCAGAACAAGAAGAGAAAUUACAGACAAUAACUCUGAUAAGUGAUGAUACAUUUAUCAUCUGAUCACACGUGCACACUCAAGAGAUCAUGAUACAAAUCUGGAUUUUAAGAUAUUUAUUAAACUGACUUUUUUUGCGUGCAUUCUAGAGGGUUUUAAAUUCAUGUUUUAUACUUUUAGAAAUUUAUCCACACAAGUCAUUUAAAAAUUAAAAUACGCCUUUUGGUGCUUUACUUGAAUUUACUAUUAAAGAUGAUCUAAUGACAACUACUUUCGGACUUUGCGGCCAAGUGUGUGUGUGAGUGAGUGAGUGAGUGUGUGAGAGUGUGUGUUUCCAAGUGCACACACACGUGUGAUCGUAUGAUGCACAAUUUUAGCACAACAUAAUUUCCCAACGUAUUGCAACAUGUGGCAAUGUGUGUUUAUAUUUAGGAGUGUUUGUGGAGCAUUUCUCUGAUUUUUAAAUAUUUUUUUAAAAACUUUUUCUCACUCUCUUUAAUUCCCUGUUUCUUAAUUUCAACCUAUUUUAUUUUUGAUCAUUUUUCUCUUUCUCUUUUGAUCCAAAUCUGUCAGUUACACACACACACACACACACACACACUAUCACACACCUCGACAAACACACACUCACACACACACACACACACACACACACACACUAAUUAUUUUUCCCUGACACACAAAGGCCUGUGUGCACUUUAUGGCAACAUUUGGAGCACAUGACAAAAAUCAAAUUACGCACAAAUAACGAGUUCAAUUCGCAGACUUACUUAAGAGUACACAACACACACAAAGUGAUAACACUUUCAACUUUAUUAACACACACAUCUGAACACAAAAAGCUCAUCAUCAUUUUUUUUUAUUUUCAGCUUUUCAAAGCUGCGACCGAAAGCUGUGAUGAAAUUGCGCAGAUUAAAUCUGAAGCAGGAAUCUUUCUUUUUUUGUGGGCAUAUGAUUAAAAGUCGCAUAAUCCAAUUUCAAAUCAAUUAUAUCAAUCUAACCUUCAUCUCCCAGCGCUCCCUGCUUUGCCUAAAUCCAAUUUCAUAGAGGCCUAAUCUGGGUAAUUCAUUGCAGAAGUUCAUGAUGUAAUCUUUGGCCAAUCUGGUUUGUGUUGAAAGGGCUUCGGCGCAUUCCGUCCCACCCGACACGUUUGGCAUUUCGACUUAUCAUUUAUCCCAUUCACUUUGUCUCUGCUUCAUGUCACUGACUUUUCUCCUCCUGUUGAGUUUGGAAUAAUUACGGUAAUUUCCCCAGACUUAAAGAGCAAUCUGCGAUCUAAAUGUUUGCUCUGAGAGGAGUUUGUGCUUUUCUAAUUUUUCAAAGUGUGCUGCACCCCUCAGCAAGAUUUUUAGGCAGAUGACAAGCAUCGAUCCAGCUCGAAUAUUGAUCUGACAGUUUAUCCUCUGCUGGCACACUCACUUCAUUAAGAUUGGAGACUGACUAGAUCCCCCCCCCCCCAUAAUUCAUUUUUUUUCAACUCUGCAAAAAUUCCCACCAUGACUACAGUUUGUCCUCAGGCGUGUGUGCUCAUUUUUUAACGUUUACCUGCAUGAAUUAUGACAAAUAAUCGCAACCUUAUGCAUAUUUUCAUUUGUCUUUAGGGAACUGAUACAAAUUUGGACUAAAUGUUAAAUAUUUGCCUCCCCUCCUCGCAGCCAUGGGUCACUUUUUUCCUCAUCAUUUUUGCAUAGUAGUUACACAAACCCUCCCAGCACCUGCUGUGCAGUCAGCAAAUUCUCCAAACCUGUGGUGCCGAAUGUGGAUUCUUGCAUAAUUAGACGGAUAAUUAGCUAUUACAGAUCAGAUUUAAUUUCUUAAUACCCUUGCAUGAGUUUGAGAGGUCUUCUGCAUGCAUCUGUUUUUUACAUCAAGCUGGUUUAAGACUGGUUUUAAGUAAUGUGUGUCCAACAGCACUUUUAAGAGGUGGAAUCUGCGAAAUCUGACAAAUGUUUGCCUCAUCUUGCAGAGUUAGGUAAAGCUGUGCUAUAGAGUGGCUAUUACUCUAAGCACAGAGGGAUGUCAUGAAGUAGGGCCAUCUGGGCCUGAAUCUGGUCCUACCUGUUCUUUCACAUGAUACACACUGUCUCCUGUUUGAUGAACUGUGGCCUCGAGCUGUGACAAUGACCUGAGAGGCACAAGUGCAUCGAGGAAGGACUGAACCUGCAGGUACUUUUUCGCAGGGAUUCAUUUUUUUACGGUGCACUGAAGGCGCUCAAGUGCAAUGCAAAAAAUAUAUACUUGAAAUAUUAACAGAAAAGGGUGAAAACAAGCGAUUGCAUAUUUUUUUAAUCACCUAUUGUCCUCUCUCUCUUUCUGCAAGGAACAAUAUGUGCAAGUGUGCACACAUGCACUCGUAUUUGCAUAAAGCACCUUUUUCUGUUUGCCAGCCGUACAGGAUAUCAUAAUAACGAUACCACGUCGGGGGCUGUGAUAGAUGGAUGGAAGGCUUUUAAUGUACCCAUCAUUCAGUGUGAGGAGGCUGUGUGUCGCUGUGGGCUGUUUCCUUAAGCUGGGUGGGUCUGAGGAGGACCAGGAUCACACCUCAGGCUGGAGGAUCUGAGGAGCGCUGGGGGAAAACCAAACUGUAAUUUGAUUGAGUCAACAUAUAAGGAGAGCUCUGCAAACGUAUACAGGGGACAUUUCAGAUAUUUAGUGUGGGAAAAAAAAAAAAAUCAAGUGGACUUCAUUGUUUGUUCUUUUCGCACAAAUAGGUCGAGCGACAUUUCGGUGUCAGUUUGAAGUGUCAAGAUCUUCUUACACAAGUCAUAAUCUGGAAUUAGUGCCAGCAUAUAUCAGCCACAUGUCAGACAAGGGGUUACUCUGUGUAACUAAACACAGCCUGGUGCCCUGCAGCCAUGGGCUUAUAGGUCACACUCCUGUUGGGAGAACAGAGAACCUGAAUAUCAGCAUAUUUCUGGACAGGCUUUCUGCAAGAAGACUAUGUACUGGAAAUCGACUUGCCGGGCCAGACAUCAAGAGGGACACACAAGUGACUUUAACGUCAAUGCACACAAAGCACAAAGUAUGCGCCCAAGGAAAACACACACAGACUCACACAUAUGGAGCCAUGCUAAAAAUGCACGCAUCACCUUGAAAAUGCAUUCACAGACUCACUUAUCACACGGAGCAAGCUGAAUCUGACCUUCAGUUUGCUGUUCAUCCUUUUGUUUAAUUAAGACUCCUGUAGGCAAACAUCCCCUCAAGGCUUUUUUAGGGCUGCUUCUGUCAAUGAUUCAGACGCCACGACAAAGAAAUCUAUCAGAGGUAUCUCCUUAUGAAUCACUCUCUGCUAUCACAGGCCUCUCUCCCUCUUCUUCCUCUUCUUCUUCUUUUUCAGACCCUCUUUUUUUUUCACUCCCUUUGCGAUUUAAUACCAGGAUUAUUAACACACAGGAUUGUUUUCCGCCAUCCAGCCAUGGAAACGCCUCGCCAUAACUGUUUACUCUCAGAAAUUGGCAUGCUACUUGUGAAACAGUUAAUGUUUUCGCCUUUAUUCGCACCAUAUGGCCGUUGAAUGCUGGGGGAGAAAAACCCACCGUACGCAGCGCAACAGCACAGUAAAUAUUCACACACACAUUGUGGUAACCGGAUGAUAAUCUCACAGGAGAUGAUUGGUGAGCGAUUUAUGAUUUACAGCGCGGCGUUGCAGUUUGUUCUCAGCUUCUCUUUCUAUUUUGCAAUAAUAUCGAACACAUUUAAUCAAUUUUGCAACGCUAUAAAGCUCCUCUAUUAUUACUAUUAUAUCUCCUAAAAUUGUUUGGCAAAUUUUGAUUUAUAUCUGCGAAUGUCAUGCCUCAUGGCUCGCAAGUCAUUUAAAGCGAUUUAGUGACAAGUCGCAGUCAGCAGCAGAGCCGUAUUUUGCUCACUUUCGGCUUGAUAAUCUAAGAUUUAUGAUAAGAAAUGCGACUGCUACAGAUUAAAUGGUGAUAAGAUAAUGAAACACACAGGCCUGGCCUUACACAACUGAAGUGUUGCAGCUCUGCUUGGCAAUCGCAGCCGAGACAAAAAAAACAGGGAUAGGCAAAGCGAGGCCGCUUGUUGUUUGAAUUUUUGAUUGCAACCAUCUGCAACGUUGCUGGUGUCAUUUAUUUUCAAUGACAGCGUGAAUCUUACCCGACUUUCCCUGUGGGGUUUACACAUGUGUGUGUGUAUCUGUGUGUGUGUUUUCAGCUCAGCAAUGGAAGGGGAAAAACAAAGAAAGGGAGAGAGAGAGAGAGAGAGACAGGUCUGAACCCAUACAGGAUGGUCGACUGUCAUACAGUACGAGUGCCCCUGGCCUUCUUACUCUGCCUCCACCAGCAGAACACAGUGUGCAGCUGGUAUUAAAAUGUUGUGUAAGGUCAGGACUCCAGCGGCAACGGAAAAUAGUUUCACGGUUUUCUGUUGAACGGCGCUCACGAGAACCUAAUCAAAUUCGCAUCACUGAGUAAAAACAAAUGUUUCACAUCCAGGGAGAAACUUCUCAAACUGUGUCGAUAUUUUUUUUUCUGCACCUCUACUUCAGGUAACAACGCAAACAAGAAUAAGUCAUCAAAUUUAUGAGAGCAUUUAAGGAUCAUCGUGCGUGAGAAACACAGACGAGGAUGACAGUUAUGCCUCAUCAUGUCCUUAUUCUGGCUCCAAAAUCAGCCUGUAACCCCAACCUGACUGGAGUACAAACUAUUUAAAGAUUCACAAGUGCUUUCUUUUUUAAGGGGUAAAAGGUCUGAUAUAUUUCUUCACCUUUUCUUUUUUGCACUAAUGGAAAUAUUGGUGAAAGAGGCCCAUUGUCUCUGCCUCUGUCUCCCAUCUGGUACACAUUGUGCAGCAGCAGCAGCAGCAGCAGCAGCAGCAGUGGAGUGAAUGACUGACUCUCUCCUCAUCAAACUGAUAGGGGGUGCUCUAAGGCUGCCUGACUUAACUCGCACUUGAUAAGGCAGAGUAGCAGGACUGUCAUUGGGUGAAUGUAACUCCCUGAAUGUGUGUGUGUGUGUGUGUGAGAGAGGAAUAAAGUAUGUGCGGUAUCGUGUUAGACAGCUGGGUUUCAUUGCUAUCAUCACGCCUUCUCCUCGAUGGCAUGUUUGACAGUGUGUCUGCUAUGCUCCCUUACCUAUCAAGCAUGUUCCUCUCACAUAGGAGUUUAUACAGAGGAAUUAGACACUGUCUGUCAUGAUGAUAGGCCACAUUAGGCUGUUUUUCUUUCAUGUGUGUUUGUGUCCACAGUGUUUUUCCUCCUUCUUCUUCUCCUUCUCCGUCUUCGUCUCCUUCUUCUUCUUCUUCUUCUCCCGCCCCCCCCUUCUCUGGAAGAAUUCCAUGUUCAGUUCCUUCUUGCACCUGUGUUUUUCUCACACAGGUGAGCCUCGGGAAAGACGAGCAAAGAGCCAGGGAACGAGCGAGUUAUUUUUUUUUUCAGAGAAAGAGAGAGGGGUGUGGUUUUUAGAAGAUGUCCGACUGAUAUUUGAGUGGCAGUGUGACAGUGCCAACGCCUGCUGAUUUACCGCCCUUCUGGCCCCGGGGCCGUGUUGCUCAACCAGAGGCCAACGAACAGGCCUUUCUUUUCUUAUGUUUGUGCAGGAAGAUCAUCAAGUUCAAAUGCCCAGGUGUCUGUCAUCUUCUCUGAUUUACUAAACAACAAGAUCCGGGUCCUUUUCUCGCCACCUGUCUCGUUCUUAACGUCCAGAAUUAGGGCGCCAUAUUUUUAGCAAAGCAUAAUCCUGCGUGUAUUUAUAUGCGUUGCACAUAUGCAUGUAUGCAUGCAUGCAUGUGCACAGUUACGUGGCCUGUGUGAACACUCUGGAACGUUGCUCCAUGUGAAUUACGGUCGCAAGCUGUGAACUGUAGGUAAAUAUGUGUUUGUGUUCCUUCUUUGCCGCCAAAGAUUAUGAGAUGGAAAUUAUUUGGCAGGCAUCCAGGAACCCAUCUCCAUUUAGAGAAAAGAUAUUUGGCGUCGGAUCAUCACUCCAGGGCGAAGUGAGUGGACUGGAACGUGUGUGCGUGCGUGCGUGCGUGGGAGGGUGGGUAGAGGGUGGAGGGUGUGUGUGUGAGGAGUGGGGAGGGGGUGUAGAUUCAUUCCUGCGAAGGAAUAUUUGAAAUAAUCAAAAAUCGGUGAACGCUGUGCAUCAUAUCCAGUCACAUUUCCACCCGAGUCUAACGGUUAUGGCUGGGAUUUGAGAGGAGCAACGCCUCCCUGACAGUUUGAGAUGAGAGAUAAGAGAGUUUAGGAUCUUUGUCUGAUAACAACACAGCGAGGCGCAGGCGCACACAUGCGAGCGCACACACUCUUUGUCUAAUCUUUGCAAUUAUUAGGGUGUCAUGUUAGGAAGGGGGAAAAAAAGAGAGAAAAGAAAGAAAGAAAGAGAGAAAGGGGUGGGUGCAAACACAGGCAGGGGCUGCUGUGCUCCUCGCUCUUCUCCCAGGCAUCAACACCUCUCCCUGGGCACCCGCUCACUCAGACGCCCCCUUAGAGUCUCUGGAGCUUCAGGUUUCCUUUAGGACACGUCUUCAUACUGGUACAUCAGGGUAGUCUCAGAGAAAAAGAGAAGAAAAAAAAAAAAGAGAAGAGGGCUGUCCAUGAGGGAUUUACGUUAAGCUAAGGGAGUCAGUCUGUGCCAUAGGGGACGAGCGGGGGGGAAGAGUGUGUAAUGGUUAUUAAUGACCGUGUCAGAUCUGUGAAGAAUGAGAUUUACUCUCUUAACAAGACCUCGGGUUUGGCUUUAUAGAUUUUCUGUCUGUGGAGAAUACAGUGUUCAAACUCACCUGCUCCACACACACACACACACACAUUUCCUUUCUCUUUCUUCUUCUCUCAUUUUUCUUUUCCUGCGUCUUAUUCUAUGAUGCACACACACACACACACACACACACACGCACACACAUGCUGGUGGCUGUGGCCUCCGCUACGCUAACACUUUGUUCUGCACAAGCCGGGGCUCCCACGUGGUGAAGGCAGCCGUCUCGCUGUGACAGCUCAGUGCAGCAAAGGCCCUCACCGGAAACCCAGCCUGCACUGUGAGAUGAAUGGCUUCCUGGCCUGCACACACACAUGCACAUGAAUACACACACACAUGCAGACACAAACAGAGGCACUGACACACAUAUACAUGAUACAGUGUAUGUGCGGGGUCCCACCCACGCAGAUCUCUCACGGAUAAGCCGCACAGGUGUUUGUCUGGGCGCAGCAGCUUCACAGGGGCGGUGUUGUAUGCCAUGAAAGUGACACGAGAGGGACUGUAAUCAUUGUCACAUGGAGGAGGAGGUGGAGGAGGAGGAGGGGAGGAGGGGAGGAGGGGGUCGGCUUUUUUUUUUUACCAGGCGACAAAAUCGCUUCGACUCAGUGUGUGUUUUUAUCUCCAUGAGAGUCCACAAACUGAUUUACAUCUGUCCUCUUUCUGCAGCCGAAGCCAAUCAUGAUUCAGGGGCGGGAUCUCCAUCUCCAGAGCCGUCCAGUCCCAGUCCAAGAAGGGCAGGACCCGGGGAGCAUGACCUCCUGACCUGCGGCCAAUGCCAGACCAACUUCCCUCUGGGGGACAUCCUGGUUUUCAUCGAGCACAAGCGCCGCCUGUGCCGGGGGCCGGGGAGCAGGCUGGGCUCCUUCACCAAACCGGGGGAGAGCGGCGGGGUCGUGGGCAUCCAGAUCUCGCCGAGGGCUCGGUCGCUCGAGAUGGGGAGAGGGUCCAUCCCGGUGGAGGUGGGAGUCCAGGUGACCCCCGGAGGAGAGGACCAUGAGGAGAGGAGGAUGACGCCGGCGAGGGGGAUCUGCCCCAAACAAGAAAGAGGAGGUAUGAAGAGUGAGUAGAGGAGGGGGGGGAGAGGCGGUUCAGUCUCAACACACACUUUUGAAGAGAGCUCUCAUGUCAAAACACACACACACACACACACACGUGUACACACACACACACACGUCUCUCACCUGUCCAGGACUGAUAGCUUUCUUUAAAGAAUCUCAGCUGCUUGUUAUUUUGACAGUGGCCUUCAGGAGGGAUUAAUGUAGCCCGGGAUGAUUUCAUUAGACUGAGCGAGAGCUGUGUGCGUCUAUUCUGCUCCGUUAAAAAGUGAAACAUCACACACACACACGUACACACACAUAUACACGCUAAACAAACAAACAAACACACACUGGCAGGCCUGAAGGACUUCUUCAGCUGAAACCAAUUGUGAAAGGCGAGGAGGAAGGUGAUAGAGGAGCCGCCCCCAGUGUGCAUGUGUACGUGUGUUUGUGUGUGUGUGUGUGUUUUUUUUGGCCCGUGUGAGCGUGUGCGUCACGUGUUCGAGUGUUUGUAAAGAAAUCCUGCAGCAUUUGAAAAAAAAAAAAAAGAGGUUAAGAAAGCUGAUUAAAAUUCAUCUGUGUGCGUGGUGAGGAGAAGGGGAUUAAUAAAGCAGCAAGGCCGCUCAUCUGGCUACAGGAGGAGGAGGAGGAAGAGGCGAGAGGGAGGGGAGAGGUGGGAGGGGAGGAGGGGGGUCUGAAGACUGCCAGCGCUGCAGGGAAACCAGUUCAAAGUUAUCAGAGGAGACAGUCACCAUCACACCCGAGAGCUGGGAGGGCUAUCCAGGAUUACACAGACUAAGAGGGACCGGGUUACAGGAGAAAGAGGCUUUUAUUGUGAAAGUUUCAGCCAUGUGAAGGGAUUACACACAGACACCGGCCACCACACUGUCUUACAGACCGGUGUUUCAUACUUUUACAUCUGCAGAGACGUCAGGAUUUAGUUUAUUUUCCUUUUUGAAAUCGUGUUUUGAACUUCUGGGAUAAGGAUUAAAAAAUUUGCACUCAGAAUCAGGGGCGGACUUAAGAAUUUGGGGGCCCUGGGCAGAGGCAAGCAUGGGACCCUCUGCAUCCUUUACAGUAAAAUUCUUUUAAAAGAGCAAUUUGGCUGAUCGCUGAUGCUGUCGUUGUUAUUUAUUUUCCCGGGAAACAAAAAAAAACCUCUAUUAUAAAAAAAUAACUGAACUGUCUAUAAGCCUCUAAAUGUGCUGUGAGAUAGUGAUGCUACAAAUAUACGACAGUCGCUCAAACAUAAAUGAUAACGCACAUUAAAGCAAUAUUAAUUCAAAGCUAUAACACUGAAUUAAUGCAGAUAAGUAAAACCUCUGUUUUAGAGUUUUAGGGGGCCCCAAGAAACUCUGGGCCCUAGGCAACUGUCGAGUGUUGGACCGCCACUGCUCAGAAUAAAAAGCUAGAAAUCGGCACAUAUGUACAGUGUGUGUGUGUGUGUGGCCUGCAUCUGUUUGCGGUCAGUGUGAAAACUGCAUUGAAGAGUAUAGUGACAGCACAGUCAGAGCUAAUAUUUGGAAAUAUAGGUGAUGUGAUUUUUGUAGAAAUUCUUCUUGAGAAUCUUAAGAGUUUUUAUGUUUUUUUUAGUGUUCAAUUCAUAAGAAAGAACCUCAAGACAGCACCUCGGUUUGGUUACGCGUUUGUUUUUGUCUUUUUUAAUUCAUAAUUAGGGUGUUUAAUGGACACUUAACCCGCCUAACAGCAGAGAAAAAAACUCAUUUGGCAGCUCGUGCAUUUUUUAAAAAAGACUCAAUGAAUUUUUUUUUUACACAGCGCUUUGUCUGUUGGGUGGUCAGAGGAAAAACAUUUAAGCAGUUAGAGAGUGAGUCAGCCUGUUACAGCGGCAGUCAGUUAGUCCCCUCUCACACACACAGACACACACACACACAGACAGAGUGACAGUCUUAUCACUAAGAGAACAGGACAUGAAAGCACUCCAAGACCCAAAUGAAAGAGAGGAGGAGCGCUUUGUUCAACACAUUAGAUUGCCACUCAAGGCAGUCUCAAGUUUCAACCAAAUUAGAUUACAUUAUUAGGUCUAAUUAAGUCCAAUGUGUUAGCAGCACACGCACACUGACACACACCCACCCACACACAGACACAUGCACACACAUAAGGAGAUAUCGCUGCACUUUCUUGCAUGCAUGUGGUGUGAAGACUCUGCAAGCGAGAACACACAUGCGCGUUUUCUGCAGAGACAAAAACGAGCGUAUGCAUCAUCGAUAACACACACCUGCUCGUGCAUAAGUAUAGAACAGUUCCCAUAAUGCACUCUGGCGUGUAUGAAAUACCUGCUGUAUGCGUAACACUUAACCCUCUCCUCUCCUGGAUUGUUAUUUUUUCACCUGCUUGUGUUUUAUAACAUCCUGUCUGGCCUCUUUGUCUGUCAGCCCCGCUCGCUUAAACUGCAAACAUGCUUGCAAGGCUAGCAGAUUCAACCCCAAAAGGUGCAAACACACACACACACACACGCACACACACACUGGGUGUAGAUGAAAAAUGGCCCUUCUGUGCCCUAUUUUAUUUUCCUUGAGUUUCUCUUGCUGAUGCAUGCACUCUGCGUGUUUAUGUGUGGGCUUUGUCACAGUAUGUUAAUAUAAGUGUGCGCGCCUGCGUGUGCUGUACCUCUGGAUGAAUUUGUGUAUGCGUGCGGCGUCUGUGAAGAAUGACGUGUGUCACCAGGAAAGCGAGGGGUUGUCGCUAGGGGAGCGUUACCAUGCUAAGACGACCCUGGCCCUGCUUUGAACCCCUCCCAGGACGGCUGGCGGGCCCCCUCGGAGCACUUAAACACAUCCGGAGAGAAAGUCACAUCAUGACAACUCGUCUCUCCUUCUCCUCUGUGUCUGUCUCUUUCUUUCUCACACACAAACACUUUGUAUAGAGAUCACAGGCUAAAUAUUUCAUGAGAUCAUGUGAGCGACAGUGACAACAUCUUCCCCCUCUCUUUUUUUUUUUAAUACCUCUCCGUCCACUUCUGAUCUUCUCCUGCGUCGAACUGGAGAUCUUGAUUUAAUACCGAUACUGAAGUGUGAACUGAACUGGAGUGACACGAGAUUUACGAUCAAAGAAUACAAAUGAGACACCCACCACUUAUAAACUGUCACACCUAAGCGUGCAACAUAUUUGCAGAUGUGAAAGUGUGUUAAAGUGCACGGAUAUUUUUUCAUUUUUUUAACCUGGGUGGAUCAGUUUUUUUGUCCUCGAGCCAAUCAGCAUCGAGGAUUUCUUAAACGGUGUUUUCUACAUGCUGGAAAAAAUAACGAAAAACCGAGCGAGACCUUUUGCACCCGAAGAGGUCAAACUUUCAUGUUCGACACUUGUCACCCAAUAUCUGUGACAGCCCAGUUUUCACACCUCAACACUACUGUGGAUUUGAAGGUGUCCCUCUCCUCUCCUCUCCUCUCAUCUCUUCUUCCCCCUCGCUUUCUCCCCCCAUCUUUUUUUUUUCCUCCCUCUUUUUUGCCCCACCACCCAAUGCUCCUUUAAUCACCUGGCUUGCUCUCAUUUCCAUAUUAAAUAGGCUUUAAUCAUGAAAAGCAAUCAGGCUUUUGCAUAUUCAUACCUUCCCCUGUACGCCGGCUUCCCUGUCUCGCUCCAGUGCCAAGCAGCCAGUAAUCAGUAGGCAGGCGGCGUAAUGCCAUAGCCCCGGCCCAUCGCAUGAAAACACACACACACACACACACAUGCGUGCACACGCUGCGCACGCACACACUGCAUGAGUUCGAAAUAACUUCACAUGCUACUUACGUAUUAUCUCUACUCCAGGAGAGAGAGAGGGAGGGAGAGAUAGAGGGAGAGGAAGAAGGGUGAGAGAUAAAAAAAGAAAGAUGGCGAGACUGAUCCCUGAUUUGAGCUGCGAAUAUUUGUACAGAGGCUCAAGGAAAAGUCGAUUUGCAUAAUGACUUUGUAGUUUUGCAUUAAUCACAUUUGCAUAUGAAAAUGCGUUAAUUACUCCUGAUGAUUUUUUUUUAAAAACUUGCUUCAUUUGAUGUCCAAGCUCUGGGGUUGUGAUUAGGGGUUACAUGGUGGCAGUUGUGUAGGAGGUGUGUUGUUCACAUGUGCGCCCCUGAUGCCUUUUUCCGCGUGUGUGUUUAUGCGCUCCUACAUGAGUGUUUUGAAUGCUUGCCAGGGAUUUUGUCUUGUGUCUGCUGGUAGGCAUGUGUGUCCCUUUUUUUUUUCUUCUAAAUAUCUCAUUUGUGCGAACGAGAGAGUGUGUGUGUUUUGAGUUUCAGUGUGGGGUAAAUAUUUCCUUAUUCCUCUGUGGGUAAAAUGAGGACUACUCUCUCGCCUUUUCACCAAAAUACACAACAUUUUGUUUCUGAUUAACGCGGACAAACACUCAUCCAUGAUUCAGUGUCUCCCCCCCUCCACCUCGUUUGUCUUUGCUUUCUUGGACUUUUGAGCUUCAAUAGUGGAAAAGGAAAAAAGAAAUCAUGAUGGCACGGAUAUUAUUAUUUUUAAAAUGUCAACAAAAAUGACAGAUUACUGGACUUUUGGAUCACUACCACCACUUAAGGAUGAGUUUUUGUACAAUUUUAAUUAUGAUACAUUUUUAAAAUAUUAGAUUAUGUCUUUUUGUGUAAAAAAAAAAUAUAUACAGGAUGCAAGCAUGAACAUUUUUCCACUUUCAUGCAUCCUCUCUGGUUGCAGGUGCUUUUGCAGAAUUGGUGCAACUGCGUGGAUGUUGUUUGCAGCUGUAAAGUGGCCUCUGCAUACCCACUCAUAGGCCAUAUUAUACGUAAAAAUGAAACUUAAACUUAAUCUUUUGACGCAACAAAUCGUUAAAAGAGCAAACAACAUGUUUUACCGCAAACUCAGUGACAGUAGUGGAAAACGAAAGUGAGUUUAAGGACUAAACCCUGGAAGAUUUCUCUGAUUUGCUCUCUGGGCGUUAGGGUCCAUAUAUGCUGCAUUUGUGUGAGUGUGUGUGUGUGUGUGUGUGUGUGUGUACAAUUACAGUAUACGUGUUCCUGCCUGUGUAUGGGCCCCUAGAGUUGUUGGCUCAUAACACCGCGCCUCAGACAGGACCACCCCAGGGGCCGUCUGACUCCGCUUGUGUGUGUGUCUGUCUGCUACAUCCAACAGGGUCAACCAGGUCUAUAAGAAAAGCCACUAAAAAUGGCACAGCUGCACACGCACACUCCACCUGACACACACACACACACACACACAUGCAUGAAUGCAACACUCCAACACAUAGACAUGCACACUUGGAGAUUUGUGCAAAACCCUGCGCAGGGGUCCUCACUUUGAUAACAAACACAAAAUGCGCGCAUGCAGGAAUGCAUACAUCUCCCAUUAAAGCCCGAACACACUCGUGCACGAGCAGACACACGCACGCACACACACAGCUUAAGGGCUCCCACAUGAAGGCAUCAAAAGCUCCACAGCCAGCUUUAUGGCACUCAUAUGGCAGCAGAUUUGAUAUUUUCCUACCACAGCGGGGGAAUAAAACUCGCCACUAAUUUGGACUGCGAGCGCCACCGCUAACUUUCAGCAUGUGCCGACUGACUGUGUCUUCCAGAUGUGUGGACUCUUUGCUCCUUAACAGCCUUACUUAAGAGGCAUUAGAAACCUCACACCCUGGCCCUAGCUACGCUUUGGAGAGCGGCAGUGAUGGCGCUUCCGCACAAACACGCCGCUUUAUGCGAAGCGCUGAUGCGAAGUUCAUGGUCUUGCUGCUGUGGACCGCGAGUUGUCUUGUGUCAGUGGGAAUCUGUGAAUGUGUUUAUGUUCUUUGCAUAAAUAGCUAUAAUCAAGGUAAUUUGACUUGCCGCUCUGUAGUUACUCAAGCUACCCCGUUUGCUUCUGCUCUCCGGUUGUGACAUUCGAUUACAGGUGUGCUUUCAUUAACGCCGAGUUAAGGUGCGAAAAUUUUUUAAAACUUACUGUAAUUACAGUCUGAAUGUAUAUGCAGGAGAACCUGCUGAGCAACAUGGUGAUUUUUUCCUUACUUUAGAAACACACCUCGCAGAAAAACUUGAGGCCACGCUGAUAAAACUCGUGUCUGUGUGUGUUCAGCUAUUGUGCGGUGCGCCAUAACAUAUAAUAUGCCCCCUUUCAGGAGGAAAAUGGCGAGAUUUUCUGACCGGGGCGUUCACUCCAGCUCUCUAUAGAAAAGUGUUUGCCUUCAGGAGGAAGAGGCCUGCCAUUAGUAUUUGUGAAAAGGGAAAAGAGAUGGUGCUUGUUAGCCAGUCAGACAGGGGUAAUCCUACUUGCUUCACUGUUGUUGCUCCUUUCCUCUUAUCUUAUUAACGUCCCACUCUGAUUGGGUGGGAUUGUGAGAGAGGAAAAUGAGGAGAGAGCGUUUAUGGUGGUAGUUUUUUCUUUUUCAGCCCGCUCUGCCACAAGAGAUAUUGAAAGCCUUUCAUGGUACACUUACGAUUCCCCUUAUUUCAUCCACUUAUUUGUUUCCAGCAAUUACUCAGAAAGAGAGAGAGAGAGAGAGAGAGGAGAGAAAACACACCGGACACAGGCGAGCACAUGACAAACGUAAGCUGCCUUUAUGUCGGUUUGUCGCUUAAGUAUAAAUCGGCGUGGAGCUAUCACCGAGAAACAGAAAAAAAACAGAAAAAUGGAGCAAAAAGAAACUUUUGAUUUCCAGCACCUCUAUAGAAGUACGUGAAAGUUUAAUGGAAUCUUAUUUUGAGUGUUUGAACUUUUAAAAAAAGGCGUUUAAGAAUUUUAAUAGCGAAAGCUCCCCUCAGAAGAAGCGUCUUCGCCGCUCUUUAAUCCAAAGAACACACUCUGAACGGUUUUCAUAGGGAGUUAAUUUUUUAUUUCUUUAUUUUUUUUUAUGUUUUCUGUGGAUUAGCAAGAGCACCAAGGAAAGACAUUCAAAUUUUCUUUUUUUUCUGUCUCAAUCAGAAACAAAACUACAGAUUCUCAUGAUCCGGUGUUCAAAAUUUAAAGGGUAAAUCCGCUCAAAAUAUGAACGAAUAUGAACCUCCCCCGUCAAACUUUUUAACCCUCGUCCAAAACGUCUGCUCCGGUCUCGUUCUGGAUGAAAGAGGGCUUGCACUGUCAUGUCCAUAGAUGGCAAUACAGACAGGGGGAGUUAACUGCUCGAGGUUAAAGGGGGCCUGCACCCUCGCUGUAUACUGGCGUAAUUCAUACUUUUCCAUAAAGCCCUCUUCUCCGUGUCUGUCUCUCCCCGAGCAGAACGCAGCGAGCCAAAAUGAAAUAAAGCCUGAGAUGUUAUCGGGGUGAUUGGUGCCAGCGGAGCUUGUCUGGGCCUGUGGUCUGGUGGGGCAGCGCUGGCCUGUACCAGUGUUAGUAUCUGUGUGUGUGUGUGUGUGGGUGUGAGUGUGUUUGUGUGUGUGUGUCCUAAAGGCACUGGAUAGAUGAAAGCUUUCUUUAACCAUAAGCUAUGCAGGAGCCGUGCCAGGAGCAGGAAAUGUAUCAGCGUGAUAACAGCCAGAAAGACAGAGAGAAAGAAGGAGAAAGAGACAGAGAGAGAGAGAGAGAGAGAGAGAGAAAGGGAGGGAGAGGCCGCAUGAAACCCACAGGGGGAAGCCUAAGGCCAGAGGCAGCCCAAUAACACACACAAACACACAAAUGUCACUUCAUAAAUAUGUCUUGGGUGUGUAUGAUGAAAGAUGGAUCUAUGCUCAUGUCUGCAUGAGUGUGUGUGUGGGUGUGUGUGUGUGUGUGUGUGUGUGAUAGUGUGGGUGUGUGUGUGGAGCAUUCAAGGUUAUGUUCUGGAGACGGUUUGACACACCUGAGAACGUAUAGGACCGAGAAAGAGAACAGAAUACACCUGAAGACACGACCGUUGUAAUGCUAACAAUGUUGCAGGGUCACAUCAACUAAAACAGCGGAAAUAAAGUGAUUUAUUACCUUAUUUUACAUUUACGGAAAAGUGGAUUUUCUUUUUCCAUUAUUUACGACUCCUUUUUCUAGUUUGCAUGCCGUGUAAAACAUUCAGAUUUGGCUAACUGUUGAUCUAAAAAAGAUUUAUGUUCGGAUUAUGUUGGAGUUUACUGUGAAGAUCAGUAUCAACCCUCAUGUUUGUAUGCUAAACACAAAGCUAACACCGACAGUUAGCUAGUUUGGCCCCUGAAAAGUGUCAACACUUCGCUUAAGAGGUGCUAAUCCUGGGAUCUUGUUACCUUUAAAAGAGAGCCGUUUAACCCCGAAUUAACACUUUAUUUCUCGCUGUUUAAUCCGUGCCAAUAUCAAACCGUUAAAACAUCCUAACGACGCGCGAGGAAGUCGCUACUCUUCUCCAGGAAAUAGCCUGAACCCGGUGAAACCUCGGUGUGAAUGUGACUUUUUUAAAAGUAUUGUUUGUGUUUGGAUUAAACCAAGCGGAGAAGAGAGAGUUGAUGCUUUUGGGCUGAUUUUAUCACCUUUGGGAGUCACAGACGAGCUGCUUCAGUGUGUCUAAAACACAAACUUUUUUACAACUUUUUAUUACCGUUCCCUUUGUUUUGUUAUUUCCUUUUAGUGAGCUAACUUUCAUCUGGUUGGUGUCACACAAUGCAACUCUUCUGGCCUUCCUUUCUGUGAUUCUUGCAGCUUUUCGCUUCAAGUUCAAGUGUGAGGAAAAGGAAUGCAUCCUCUCACAGUUUUUUAGUGGCCAAAAUCACGUAUUAAAAUGAAGAAACUAGUAAAUAAGAACAUUAAAUGCUCGGGCUCUGUUUCCUAAUCACUGGAAAGGCUGCUACGCCAUGUCCAAAGCAUGUGAGGGGCAAGUUUUAUAGCGGGUUGAUUGGGUUGGAAGGGCCUGUGUGCUUCAUUCAGGGCCUCGGUGGUAUUUUCCUGUGGGCUGCUAGUUAAGUGGGCCUGGCUGCUUGGCUCCAGUGGGCAAAAAGCAGCUGGGGACCAUUACUACCGCUGAAAGAAUACAGCACCCAGUCCCAGAUAUACACACACCAAGCAUGGGUACAUACAUGCAAACACGCUCUCCAAACCACAUGCGCAUACAUCACAAACAGAAGCGCAACUCUCUCAUAUUUUCCUGCUACUUUUUGACACACAAGUAAAGUCAGCCUGGGCCAUCUGGCAAAAAAAAAAAAUCACGAUAUAUUUUGUCGGAUUGUCCGAUCUCGAUUAUUAUCACCAUCUUUUUUUAAACUGCCAGUUUUAAAAACUAAAGAAACUGGAGAUUAGUUCAACAUUUUAUCAACAUACGAAGUAAAUAACAAAGAAUAAGAUUCGCUUAGAAAAAUAUUAAAACAUUUUAACUCAACAGUUCAACAAAUGUAGAUAAAUACUUAAUAAUACAGUGAAUUAGUUUACAGCCCUGAGUAUUGAAAUAAACAAAUCCCCCCUCAGAGAUAAUGAAGACGCCUUAAAAUGUAAACAUUAGAUGAUGUAAACGUAGACGAUACGAUUGAUCGCUGAUUUGGUCUGGUAGCUGCACCGCUAGUUGUAGCUAAACUGCUUAUGCUACUAAUGCCCUCAGCAGUAACAGGCUGUACAGACUCCGCCCACAUUUACAUACUUUCCUCAUAAUCACUCGGGAAGAACUUCUUUGAAUAAUUAAACAGGUCUGUUGUGUUGACGGUUUUUGAGGGCACCGACUGCCAACAUACCUCACACAUCGGCUUAACUACUCAAUGUCACUAUGGAGAUACCCGAACCACCGCCACACCACCGCCGAUCAAUAACUUUUCCUCUCAACAAUAACCUCUUUGGAGGAUGACUCAAAGUCACGGCUGACGUCUAUUUCGCUGUCCUCAGCUCCGCGUUUAGCUCCACGUUCGGUCAUUCUGUUUACUUCUCCUGUAACAAGAGAUUAGUUCAACAUUUUAUUAAUAUACAAAGUAAAUAACAAAGAAUAAGAUACACUUAGAAAAAUAUACAAACAUUUUAACUCAACAGAACAACAAAUGUAGAUAAAUACUAAAUAAUACAGUGAACAUGUUUACAGCCCUGAGUGUUUUUGCAGGUAUGCAAGACCUAAAAUAAACAAAUCGCCCCCGAUUAGACGUCUAUUUUGUUGUCCUCAUUCUAUUUACUUCUCCUGUUUAGUUUUAAAGAAACGAGAGAAUAGUUCAACAUUUUAUUAAAUAAAGUUUUUCGAGCAGGAAAAGCUCGACUCCGCCAUGUUUGAUCGAGUAAAUAUGCACACAGCGGAUCACCGUGAUCGAACUGAAAUUUAUCACGAUCAUCGAUCAUGAGCGUAUAACCGCCCAGUCCUACAAGUAAGCACAUUCACAGAGGAGGUAACCAGUGAGCGAAGCCGGAGAGGAGUUUGCAGACGGACCUUCACCUCCGGCAGAAACUCUUUGGUUUGAUUUAAUUUUGUUUAGGAGAAAAAAAACAUUCAAAUAACAGCAUACCGUUACACCUUAUAUGCUCUGUUUGUAUGAAAUGAUUGAUCCGAUGAAAAAUUUAAUAACCUCACAAAACAGAAUUCGAGUGUCACUCACAUGUCACAGUCAAUUUCCUAUUCCCUGCCGCUGAAUAGGAAAUUAACUCCUGGACAAAGUGUGCGCCCCCCUAAGGGGGUAUGACUGCAGCUCAUUUGGAUGUAAAACCUUGAACAAACAUUGUGCGAGUCCACAAAGUCGCUCUGCAUUUCAUUGUAGAAGCAGCGUGAGUUUUUCGCCUUCUGAUUUCAUCACCUGUCUAAACAGUUUCGUGUUUUCUUUGUUGUUUGUUGCAUCUGAGGGGUCUCUUUUCUGGCGUAUAUCUCACAUUGUAUUUAUUCUAUUAAUCCUUUAAUUCAGCGUACUUUCACCCUGAUACUUCCUCAUUAGUUCCUUUAUUUCUAAUUGCGCGGCGCCAUGUUUCCCCUGCUGUUGUGUUGUUGUAAAAUGAAAAGAUUAAAUUGGAUAUCAAAGGAGAAAUCACAGGUGAUGGAGAAUAACAGAGCUUAAUUUCUCCUCCGUUCCCCCUUUGCUGCAUGUGAUCCUCUCUUUUUGUGUCUCUUCUUCUUCUCCCUGUCUCCCACCGCCCUCAUUUUCCAUCUUUCAUCCUCUCCUCCAUCUUGCCCCCUUUCCCUCGCUUCUUCUCGCAAACCACAAGCACGAUUGAGUGUCAUCCAUUUGUCAGCGUCACAUGACAGACAGCAGACCCCACAAGUGUGUGUGUGCGCACGUAUCCCUGAGACACACACACACACAAACACACACACACAUGAGCACAGGCGCUGGGACCAGUUAGGAGCUGAUGGCGAUGAGUCAGGCUUUGAGAAAUGCCACAGAGAGCUUAGCUAAUGCACUUUAUGGAGCUCCCUUUUUCUUUUCAUUCCUUUUUUCUUCCGUCUGUAUCGCUCCCCUCUUUCUCCCUCCCUCUCUCUUUGUCCUAGAAGCCGAGCCAAAAGUCAUAGCUCUUCGCUGACAGAGAGGUCUUUCCAGUUAUUUUUCACAGCGCGUCCCCUGUGCCCUCGCCGGGAUGACUCGCCCUCACGUCGCUAACAUGAGAGCCUCAGCCUCUCGCGCGUUGUCGUACAGCUGGGGCGCCCUCCGUGUCCGUGUGCAGUGGUUGGAGAUACCUGAUCCCUUUUAUUGUUCAUUUGACCCGCAUCCCAGGAGGCAUGAGGGUCAGGGCGGAGUACCCAGAUACCUCUGUCGCAGGUGCUGGGUGUGAGAGCGAAGGAAAGAGGAGAGAGAGAGAGGAGAGAGAGAGCUGAAGGGACGAAGUUUAGAGUUUAGAGGUGAAAGGAAAAAUAGUUUUUACUUUCCAGCGAACCCAUUAAGCAGCACUGUUUCUUUAAAAGUGAGCUGGUCAUAUCUGCUACACACACACACACACAGAUACACACAGACACACACAUGCACGCACACAGAUGUAUAUGGUUAGCAGGCCGAAGCUGGUUUGAGUUAGCAUGGAGCCAGUCACACUGUGUGAGAGCCUUACCCCCUGCCUGCUACCGCCACCCUCCACAGUCUCUCUCCUUCUCUCCGUCUCUCCAUCUCUCUCUUUUUUUUUAAUACUGUAUCUAUGAGGGUCAACCACUCUUGGUUCGCCGUCUGUACCCCCGCCCCCCCCCGGUCGCGCACGCUUGAUCUGCGCGGCCUCCUGAUUAGCCUCCUUGAUGACAAACACGCCGUCAGAGCAAAGGUUGAGACUGAGGAAGGCGGAGGGGACCGAUGGGAGAUGUGCGGAGGAGGAAGAGGAGGAGGAGAGGAGCAGAGGUGUAAGGGGAGCAGGGAUUGAGGAAGAGAGGGGGGCAAUCGGGCGAGGUGAGGAGGCUGGGACCCCUGGGGACCCCUAGAUCACAGCCAUGCUAAUGAGGAGCUGCUUUGCCAGCAGCAGAGGUGUCAGCUAACCCCUGACAGGUGCACACGCACACAUGCAUACUCCCAGGGCUCAUGCCUGCGCGUGCAUGAGCGUGUGUUUGUGUGUGUGUGUGUGUGUGUGUGUGUGUGUGUGGGAGGGGCUGCAGGGACAGGUUUGUGUCCCAGUGGCCUAGCCUGCGGGCGGCUUUGUUCAGUAUGCAAAUCCGUAGCUGUGGCGCUCUGUCGCCCUUGAUGGAAUGCCGAAGCAGAACAGCGAACCUGAACCCCAGGAAUGCUGCAGCACGCACACGCACACACACACACACACAGAACACACACACAUAUAUUUACCCCCCCUUCACACACGCAUGUGACAUCCAUUGUGGUACAUCCCCUGCUCCUCUAGUCACUUCCUUGUUAACAACCCCGGCUCUGCGCUCGCUGUCUCCCGCUCCUACAUUUUUCUUACACGCUCCAAACUUUACUCCGGUUUCCUGUCUGCCGAGGAAGUGUCCGUGUCAGUGAACGCAGCCCAGCAGAGAAGUUGGCGGGCUUGCGUUCAAAUCCUUCUUAUUUUCAAUUACGUUUCUUCCCCCUAAGCUUUUGAGAGUUAAUUUGGCAUCAGUGAGCGUUCAUUACCAUCCACUCACUGUUCACUGAGAAGCUCCAGUUUGCCCAUCUUGUCGAAGGCUGAGUUUGCGGAUUUCUUCUUAUUCUUCUGUGGUCUUAUUAUAAGUCCCUCUGGAUUAGAGCGAGUGAUAAAGCCCCCAAACUGUAAGUGUAGUGUAAAUGGAGGGAGCUCAUGCCUUGAAAAUAUAAAUCAAACUCAGACUGCAGGGAUGGCAUAUGUGGAUUCCUAAAUUAAACCGAAAUCCACAUGUCUGCACCGUACGCCUGGUCCCUGCCAAGCUCACACCAACUUUCCUUCACUGGCCAUAUGCAAACAGUCAAUAUCGUGGCUCCCCUUCAUUCACUGGCAUUUUGUUUGUACUUUUUAAGGCAAAAUAAUGGCUAUAAAAGGCAAUCUGGAAAGAAUAAAAUCUGAUGUAAAGCUCAGAUCUCGGUCCCUGAAGACUGGCUUAAUUGGCCCGGUGGUUUAGUAAAAAGAAAAAAAAAAAACAACCCAGGAGAGAAGGAGGGCAUUAUUACUGGCCCACCUCAGCCUCACGCAUGUGCCAAUGUUUUAAUAACUUCCUCCAGGCCUCCUGGCCUUCAGCCUUUGUUUUGUUGCGCAGGACAAAGAGCGCAAAGCUGGUCUCGGAUCUGUUUCACGGAUCUGUCUGUCAGGAUGUUCACCUCUGCAGAAAAAGAGCCGAAGUUACAAACCAUUUUAAGUGUCAAACUGAAGCGUUUACGAGUAGUUCUGCCUCGAGCUAAAUGACAAAAGAUGGCAUAUUCAUUUUAUAAUGUAACACCAAUUUACAGAAUCCUGCUGCGACUCCAUUUCAUUUAACCUUUCAUCUCAGACGCAUUUACCGACCAGUGCGAGUGUGUGCAAAUGUGUGUGUGUGGGUACAUGUCUGUGUGCAUAUGGUGUGUCAGAGUAAAUUGGGCGAUUAGGUCCGGCAUCAGUGGCUGCGUGGAGACGAGAGUGUAACUGUUCUAACUGCUAGUUGACCUUGGCGGUCAGCGGCGGAGGGGUCCCUGCGUGUGUGUCAGAGAGACGAGUGUAAUUACCUCAAACUGAAGCGUGACACGGCCCAUCGUGAUUCUCUAAUGAACGCUUUUAUUGGCUGGAGCACUACGCAGUGACAAUGUUCACACACACCCAGCGUGUGUGCAAUUGUGUGUGUGUGAAAGAAGGAAGAAUGGAGCGUGCAUAUCUUUGUGCAUCUGUGUGAGCGGGUUACAUCAUAGUGGUAAGUGUGUGUUGUUGGGGGAUUGAUUUCAUACAGCAGAGAUUUGCAUCCUGUAGGUUUGGGUUUAACCUUUAUUUGACUAAAGGUGAACACCAAAAUACAUCAACUCUUUUUUUUCAGCACUCAGACAGGCGAGGGUGGAGCUGCAGGAAAAUAAGUGCAACAGACCAAGAGGGCUGUCAGUCAAGCGAGCUUGUUGAUCUCAAGGCCCAUAAAGUGCUUUUGAUGAAGUGCUAAUUUUGAAGUCUUUGCCAAGACGCACAGUAGAAGAAGCCGAAUGAGUCUAACGUGCAAAACUGUUGUGCAUUAAAAAGCUAAAAGAAAAACAAAAAUCAUGUUUCAGUAAGUUGUAUCAACCGCAGUUGUGAAAGCACAAUUUAAAGGUACAGUAUGUGAUAUUUAGCAAAGAAGACUUGGUGCAAAUGGGACAUCAUCCUCAUAAGUAUGUUUGGAUUAGAGUUCAAGCACUUGAAUAUAAAAACUGUUUUGUCUUUGUCAACUCAAAACAAGACUUUUAUAUCUACAUAAAGGAAGCUGCCUGUAUCUUGUACUGCCAUGUUUCUACUACAGCCCCAAAAGGACAAACUAGAUGCACCAUUUAGGAGAAGAAGAAGAAGAGAGUAGUGUGGAUAGAAGUUUUUAAAGGUAAUAACUUGAGAAAUUAAGGAUCUUUUCUAUCAUGCAGCAUCGAGGCUUCUUGUCCUCAUAGGCCACCGUCAUUCCUCAGACUAGAGGGUUGAGCGAGGGAGCUUUUCGAUCUGGAAUCUGACUGAUCACUCCCACUUCUUUGCACUGUACCUUCAGGGCUUAACACUAACACUAACUUUCAAAAGGAGCACACAAAGAACUAAUAAUAAUGAGUGUCUUAUUGGUCGACAUAAAUACUAUUAUUUGAAAUCAAUUUUAGGUAUUUUGGUCACAUGACAUGGAAGCUAUUGAAGAAAAUGUUCAAAAUUUGCCUUUAAAUUUAACACAAAAAUUUUUUUGAGGACAAAUAAAGAGGCGUGUCUUAUCGUCCGACCUUAGUACGAUUAUUUGAAAUCAAUUUUAGGUCAAUUGGUCACAUGACAUGGAAGCUAUUGAAAGAAAACAGCAUUUUUGAUAACAUCAACCAGUAAUUUAUUGACGGUCCCUUAUUCAACACCAGACGUUGACAGUGAGGGUGCCGAGUAGAUUUAAGCACCGGUUGAUCUGCAGUGAAUGUCCAUCGAAUAUCCAACCUAAAACUAACUUCACCGCAGUAUUAAUAUAAAGAAACAUUUGUUGCCUCGGCUGAUUUUUUUCUAUUUUUAGUUGCAAAUGCGAGUGAAACAGUCGCACUGUCGAUCUCUGACCUUUAAGGCUCUUCAGUAUGACUUUUAGUUAGUGUUGACUUUGGCGCCCUCUGUGGACGGUUUUUUAGCCUUUGUGAAAAAAUCUUUCUGAAUUAAACAAAUAUGACUCUCAGUAGUGUGCUUUUAACCUCUCCAACUGGCUUCUACCCCCGGACAGUAAAUCCAGACAUAAAAGUUAACACUAACAGUCUUCAUGCUUCAUGCUCUGGUUUGCUUUUGUCGCUCAAAUAGAAGAAUUAGUAUCUGUUUCAGUCUGUUUAUAUAACCAACUAAAACUCCUCUGAGGCCUAAACCAUCAUAUUUUGUCCUCUCUCUCUCUCUCCUACUAGCUAUCUCUCUUUCUUUCUUUUCCUCCCCUCCCCCCUUUUGCUCGCUCACUUGCUUGUUUGGGAAGUUGAUGAAAUUUGUCUUUGGCCGUCAUUAGGCAGCAGCCAUCAGCUGCCAGUCUAUUAGCUGCCACGCUUCCUUUAACAGCGUAUGGCACAGCUGUGUAAGAUAUGACAAGAUGCAAAUGUGUUGCUGUAGUGCUGGUGGGUUGGGCAGGUUGCGGGGGGUGGUGGUAUGAUUUGGUGGCGUGUAUUGAUGAGGCCGUGCGUGCAGAAAAAAAAACGAUAAAAGAAGAGAAAAUAACAGUAUUUGAUUAAUCAUUAGGGCAUCAGUCCCUCUGCUUAUCUCACAUCUUCAUUUGGUAUUGAUCCUUGUGUGUUGAUGAAAUUAGACAACUCCCAAGUCCACAGACCUCCAUUGGUCCCUCGGGGCUUGUAAACGCCCUCUAUGUGUGUGUCUAUGUGUGUGCGUGUGCCCAGAGCACGUCUGGCCCUUAAAGUCCCUCCACCUCUCUUCUUACCCCCUCUCCUCCUCCUCCUUUUUCCUUCCCUCUCUCGCUCUCUUCUCCCCGUCCAAGCUGUUAAGCUGUCCAGCUCUCCUCUGCCAAGCGGCCGUGUGAAGCCUCGCCAAACUAAACACGGGCAGGCAGCCCGCCACUCGCCCCCCACGCACACACACGAAAAUACAUCCACAUACAUGCACAGGCACAUGCUCCUACACACACGUUAGAAGCAGGAGUCAGGUCAUCUUCCACCCCACACACACACACACACACACACACACAGUCACACUCACACACACAUAGUGAGAGUGACGGCUACACUAGAGCCCCACUAAUAGCGGAGAAAAACAGACAGAAUCAGUAAAUGAGCCCCUCAUUAACUCUUUCUGACCCUGUCUCCCCUGGGGAAAGCCAAACCAAUCACACCGCCAAAUCAGCUUCCUGUACCAGACACUCAUCCAACAUCAGCUUCUGCUCAUCUGUUCUGCGUGGUACAAGUGUGGACCAGCGUGUGUGUCGGGGGUUCGAAAGUGUGCUUAGGUGUGCUGAGAAGGAAAGUGAAAAGAAAAUAUUGCCGCACAUGUAUCUGUGUCUGUAUGCGUGUUUUACAUUUCAUGACAAUGUGUGGCUUUGAGGCACUCAGCCAUCCUGAGGGCUCUCUCCUUGAUCACAUAAGACUUUGGGCGAAAGUAACUCCUCCGUCUUUGUUUCCUCCCUCCGGGCUCCGAGCCGUGGGACCACCGUACCAGCUCGACUCGGCUUGCGGUAGCCGCUGAUGAUAAAAGUAGAUGCAGAUGCUUUGCAAGCAAACACAAGACCGGGGGAACGGCCUCUUCCAUGUUAGCCUGAGUCGAAUUAGACGAAUCCAAGCCCGGGCUCCUUUUUUUAUGACUCACCAGCAGGCUGACAGGGCUGUGCCGCACUGACUGAUAGAUUCAUUUGGCGUUAUUAAGUCGUGCAAUUUAAAAAGGCAAGUUGUCAGUUAGUGACGUGUGAGUGUGUGUGUGUGAAGCCACAACAAAUAACUUUACUGUACUUGUUAUAACGCCAGUGACGUGAGACUGUAUUUAAUGUGGAUGCUCCAUUAGGACAUGGUGCAGGCUUUACUGUUUGCACAUAGACUUCUACACCUCUCCCGUCUCUCCCUUUGUGCGUCUAUCUCAUUUUCUCUCUCUAAUGCCACAUCUCACUCUCUCUCCCCCACCUCUACCAUAUUCCCUUUUUUCCCUAUUGUUUUUUUUCCAUCACUGCCUCCCCUCGUCUCCAUAUGGAGAUGACAGAGUAGACAAGAUGGAUCUGUAUAUUAAAGCCUAGCUGACAUUAGAAUUAGCAUAAUGUGUCAUGGCCUUAGGGCAAUACCUGCCAUCUGCAUUAGCCUGUAGACACACGCACUCACUCAAAAACCAUGCAUACACAGAAAAUCUACAUACACACUUGUACAUAACAAAAACAGAGAGUUGAAUCAAACGUACAAGUGAUUUUCCUUGAUUUGAUGUAUGUUCCAACAGGUUGUCAAUUAGUGAAAACGCAGCGCAGAGUCCCGACUCUGGUUUAAAUGUUAGAAAACUCAAAACUUUGCAUAUUAAAAGUCUUCUCGCAAAACUUACAUAAUUUUCUUUCACUUUGCCAACAGAUAAAGAUGAGCCAUCCAGCUACAUCUGCACUACCUGUAAACAGACUUUUACCAGCGCCUGGUUCCUGCUCCAGCACGCCCAGCACACUCAUGGCAUCCGCAUCUAUCUGGACAACCACCCGGUCAACUGCUCCCUCACUCCCCGCAUGGCUCUGCCUCCUCCCCCCUGCGCCGAUGCCCUGCCCCGCUCCCCUCUCCCUACUUUUCUCGGUGACGCCAACAACCCAUUUCACCUCCUCCGCAUGGCUGCGCCCCUGCUCAGGGAACACCCCCCUCCCCCAGGGUACAUGGAGACCCGGCUGCCUGCGACGCCACCCUUUGUCAGCCCUCCUCCACCCCCUAGACCUCCCCUAGAGCGACUGGGCCCAGAGGAGAUGGGGCUGCUGUCACAGCACCCCAGUGCCUUUGAAAGGGUGAUGCGCAUGGCCCCCAUGGACACUCCAUCCAUGGACUUCUCCAGGCGUCUGAGAGAACUAGCGGGCAACACGAACAAUAAUGGCGGGCCAACACCCCCUCUUUCCCCCAACCGUGUGCCACCUAUGCACCGCCUGUUGAGUCCAACGCUAUUCCAGCCUGGCGCCAAGCCUCCGGCGUUUCUCACCUAUGCCCCGCAACCGCCAACUUCUCAGGGGGGACACGGUUCUUCCAGCCCUCCAGAUCCCCAGGGACAGAACCAGACCCCAGGCAAGUCCAAAUCCUGUGAGUUUUGUGGCAAGAUCUUCAAGUUCCAGAGCAACCUGAUUGUCCACAGACGUAGUCACACAGGAGAGAGGCCGUACAAGUGUCACCUGUGUGAUCAUGCCUGUUCUCAGGCCAGCAAGCUCAAGAGGCACAUGAAGACACAUAUGCACAACAAGUCUGGGUCCAUGAGCGGCUCCCCAGAACAGGGAAACAGAGGAGAGGCGGGGGAGGGGGAAGAAAAAAGUAGGGAGGGGGAUUCAGGCAGAAUUGUGAUGGACAAUGAGGAAGAGGAGGAAGAAGAGGAGGAGGAGGAAGAGGAAGAAGAGGAGGAGGAGGAAGAGAUGAGAAAUGGGAGUCGGCCAGAUUCCAACCUAAGUGAGGACUCUCAAGAGUUUGGCCAGAAUAGGGAGAACGGCCCACGGCAGUCUCCCACAGAGAAGCCCCUGAGUGGGGACAAAGAAAAUGACAGUGGUGGGAUGGGGAUCAUCCACCCGUACAACCACCUGGACAAUCACCUGAGACUAAACCCCAACAAGAGAGGCCUGGAGAGACAACCUAACGGGGAUGGAGGAGAGAGGGGCGAGGUGGAAAGAGGAAGAGAGAAUGAAAGGGAGCAGGACAGAGAGCGAGGGGAGCAGGAUGAGCACAGGCCCAUCAUGAACGGCAGGAUCAGUGUAUCCGAAGCAGAGUCCUUUCCUGGGCUGUUCCAGCGCCGGCCAACCCCCAUCACCAGCCCGGGCCACUCCAACAACAAGAGGAUCAAGGUAGAGAAGGAACAGCUGGAGCUUCCCCCAACCAUUCCCCUCAUCUCCCCAGAGAACGUCUACUCUCAGCUCUUGGCUGGCUACGCUGCGUCACGCCACUUCAUCAGAGAACCCUUCCUGGGAUUUACAGAUUCCCGUCAGUCGCCAUUCGCCACUUCCUCUGAGCACUCUUCUUCGGAGACGGGAAGCCUACGAUUCUCCACCCCGCCCGGGGAGCUGAUGGAAGGAGGUAGUGCUUCAGGCCGAAGUGGUAGCAGCACCCCUCACCUCAUGCGGGGACCUGGACCCGGCAGGCCCCCGAGCUCUAAAGACAGGAGGAACGACACCUGCGAGUACUGUGGCAAGGUGUUCAAGAACUGCAGCAACCUGACGGUGCACCGACGCAGCCACACGGGGGAACGACCCUACAAGUGCGACCUGUGCAGCUACGCCUGCGCCCAGAGCUCCAAGCUGACACGCCACAUGAAGACCCACGGGCAGUUCGGGAAGGAGGUGUACCGAUGCGACAUCUGCCACAUGCCCUUCAGCGUGUACAGCACGCUGGAGAAACACAUGAAGAAGUGGCACGGGGAACAUUUGAUGGCCAGUGAGGUCAAACUGGAGCAGGCGGACAGAGGUUAAGCCAGCAAACAUUACUUACACAGUUGACGGCGUACACAAGCAAACACUCACACACAUACACACACACACGCAUAUGCACACACAAAACCCCUGUAACCACUUCUUCAGCUAUGGGGCUUGGCUGGAAAAUCUCUCUCUUAAAAAAAAAAUGAGACUGAUUGAUGUUCAUUUUUUUUUCUUGUCACAAAAAACUGCCACCUGAGAAUAUAAACAAAGGGAAACUUUAAUGAAAACUUGUCUGGAACGCCGCGCUUGGUGUUUCUUGGCAAACCGUCUGAGGAUUUUAUCAGUUAGGAAUCCAUGGAGCCUUUCUACUGUGCAAUAAUUUCUGUAUUUAUUGGAUUUUUGUAAUGAUAUUUGGCAUGUGCAGGUACAUCUUUGUGGGAUUUCAUAUGGAGUUAGUUUUAAAAUGUGCUAAACAUUUUUUUUUUUCUAAAAUGAGAUAACUGGAAAGAAGUCACCCUUAAUACAAAAUUUUCUUUUUUGUUAUUCCUUUAAGGAAGCUUAUUAUCAUGUGAGAGUAAAAUUGUGUGAAGCAGUUAGCUUUUAAAAGUAAAAAUAAUUGUUUUCUAUAUUAUGAACUGCAGCAGCGGACUACAAUCCAUUCCCUUACACAGGCCUAAAAAGCACUGAAUGUCAGCCUGACAAUAAAACACAAUGCUGGAUUUAUGAAAUCCGACGUUAUCUUAAAGACAUGAUUAGUUACUUUAAAUUUUAUUCAGGGAGUUUAUCCUUUUUAAAUAUUGGCUUGUGAAUAAUUAUUUCCAAAUGCAGUUACUGUAUUGCUGUCCUUGCUUCAGCGGGGACAUAAAUAAAGGUUGCACUUAAUGGAGAAACCCUUAACUGAUGCUCAGUACAUUCCCAAUGUAGGAUGAAACCACCAUAUUUAAUAGGAUGAAUAAGUUAAGACUACUUGUGAUUAAUGUGAGAAGGAGAACAGUCCUGUUUAUGUUUGUAAAUAUAUUCUUUUUUAUAUGUUCAAGUAGCCCCGACUGUACGUGAAAGACGGCCUAAAACUAAACAAUCAGAAGACCAGCUGCUUGCAUCCUCCACAGUAUAUGCUAAGUGUACCUACCAUUCAUUAUUACUUUAUCAGACCCACCUGAUUAACCCGCCCACUCCCCCACCCACCUCUGUUGAACUAAAGCUACUUCAACAGUCGUAACACCGUCUCAAUCACGGUCUAUCUCCCUCUCCCGUCUGGCGUGGCCGCUCUCUCUCUGACCCGGGUUGACUCCCCUUGUCCCGCAAAACGUUUCCAAAUGAAAUUCAUAUCAAUGUGUGUGUUAGUGUGUGUGUUUUCUUCUCUCCGCGGCGUGCUCUAAGCCUCUCUCCGACGGCGUCUUUUCACAGUUCACUAGCUCAGAUUCAUGCAUUAGAGCGGCUUUUAAAAGGGAAGCCUGUUCAUUCGCCUCACAAAGUGAUACGGGUUUAACUCCCAGUAACAGAUUCUGAGACAGUGUGCGUGUUCGUGACUUUUGGGGAUUACAGUUUUUUAUUUUCUGCAUCGUUCAUCCUGAAAUGAAUCUGGCUAUAUGAGUUAUGAUAAUUUUGGAGCACAGCUGCAAAAGGGGGGGAAGGCCAGGCGACCUUGGGUACGGACUAUUCUUAUGGUAAGAAUGAAAGAUAGGAGCUGAGAAAUGAAGAAAGAAAUGGAGGGAGGGAGAGAGCAAGACCUUGACCAAGAGAGAAGAGUCAUUCAAAUGAAAUUGGAAGCAUAUGAAAAGUGAGGUUUUUUUUUGUACCUUAAAUGCCCAUCUACUGGCCACAUCUUAUAACGGACCAUCAGAGUGAGACAGCGAGCGCUCGCAAGGAAGAGAGAGAGAGAGAGAGACAGCGAAGCCACAUGAAAGGAGAUUGAGACUCAUCUUUCAUUUUAGAGCUGCAACUCUCAAUCACCAAAAUCAUCUUCACUUGAAAGUUUGACCUGCUUUUUCUGCCCUUUUGUCUGGUUUUCAUCUGCGCCCAAACAUACUUGUUUUGAUAGGAAAAAGAAUUUUAUUUUACUGUAUCUUAAAUGCAAAUUCCUCUCUUUGUGAUUUUUUUUUUUUUCAAGAAAAAGGAAAUGUUGUUGAGGUCACAGCAGCACUCCAUAAGCUAUUCAGUUGCAGCCUAGUCGGGUACUUUUUAGAGAAAUCACACAAAAAAGAGAUCAUCUGAAGAGCUGCUUUCAGCUUGCUUACACAUGUUGAUGCAUGAGUGCAAAAAUCCAGAUCCUUUUGUGAACGCACAGUGAAUUCAUAGGAGGGGAAAAAGAGUCAGUCAAAAAGAGCCAUACAGCUACAGAAUAUACCACCUUUAAGUGAUGAACAGUGCAACCCUGAGAUCUAAAUCACACAUGGACAUUCAGUCUUACGAUAUGUUUACAGUGUUGAAGUAUGCCAUUAAUGAAAUACUCUGUGUAAGUGUUUAAAAUGAUAAUAAAGUAUUGUUUUCUCCAAUGUUCUUUCAAAUGUUUUUGAAUGCCAUAGCAGUUUUGUAUGAUUAUCCUGGUGGAGGGAUUUUAUCUUCAUGGAUAUGUUUCUGUAUGAUUACUUGUUCACUGUACGGGGAGACAAUUUUCAGAUGUAAUGUUGCAGAAUCAUGCCAGAUUUUUUUUUUUUUCCCCCAACAAGAGUGGUGCCAUUUUUGUUUAUUUUUUGGUUUCUUCAAUCUUUUUUUUUUUUUAAUUUUAUUUAAUUUUUUAAAUGUUUUUGUUUCUGUUGGUUUGGUGAAGCUAUCCUUCAUGGAUGUAAAACAAAGUGGUUUUAAAAAAAAUACAGGAUGAUCCUAAAGGAAGAACCUUUCGGCAGGGGAAAUCGAUGCUUUGCAGGAACGCUUUUCCAAAAUUGAUUCUCUGAGACGUUCAUGAACUUUAUGUUUUUGUUUGUUUUUGUUUUUUUUUCUCAUGGUUGGUUGAAGGUCUUGUGAUGGCACUUACAACUGUAAUUUUAAAAACAUUUUCAUAUUUCACUUUUCACAACUUUCACUUACACUCUUUGUACAAAAUAAUUUCCUUGGUCUUUUUGGGGGGAGUGCAUCAUUGUGAAAAAAAAAGUGAUUUCAGAACAGUACACAUCUGCUGUUUUGGACAUAUAUGUAUUUUUGUAAUGUGUUGAAAAAUCAAUACAAGAAAGCCAACACUUCAAUAAAUGUUGCAAUUGCUCUAUGAUUGAAGCAGC